AUGCCUGUGGUUGAUAUUAAUAAUUUAGUGCAAAUACAAAAGAAAAUAACACAAGUGCGAAAUAUUUGCAUUUUAGCACACGUUGACCAUGGCAAAACCACAUUGGCAGAUUCGUUAUUGGUUAGCAAUGGCAUCAUAUCCCAACGUAUGGCUGGAAAGUUGCGUUAUUUGGAUAAUCGGCAAGAUGAACAGGAACGUGGCAUAACGAUGAAAAGUAGCAGCAUUUCGUUAUAUUAUAAAGGGGUCACAAAUGAGGAAGAUUAUUUAAUAAACCUUAUUGACUCACCCGGUCAUGUUGACUUCUCCAGUGAAGUUUCAACAGCGGUUCGUUUAUGCGAUGGAGCUAUUAUUGUAGUAAGUUAAAUUUAUAUUUUGAAUCUACUUUAGAGUUUAUUAGCAAAUAGUUUGAAAAGCC